UGGUAACCAUCUCUUUAGUAUCUCUCCAUAUUUUCUCUCUCAUCUUUUUUUUUCUUCCGUCUUUGUUCAUUUCUCAGUAUUCACAUUUCUCAACUCACUGAUAAUUUUUUCUACCGUUUUUCUGGUUAUGUGGAUAAAUGUCGCAUGAUCUCAUCCAUUGAUUGCAGUACAACAUAGAAUGUGAUUCCUCCUGUUUGGCUCAUUGAAGUGCAUAACGCGAAAAUUUUACCCGUAACACAUUUUGAACCGUUCGUAUUGAAAUGAUCACCUGUAUGACUGCUAUUGUUCAUGGCAUCAAGAUCACACGGAAACUUGCUAGGCCUAGUCUCUGGUGAUAUACUGGAUAUCCCCUGCACUCCUAGAAAUCUUCCACGUGUUAUGACUGUUCCGGGGAUUAUCUCUGACAUGGAAGGUCGGGAAAGUAGUGAUGAAGAUGUAGGUGCCCCUGUUGUACGUGAGCGAAAAAUUAUCGUUGCUAAUAUGUUGCCCGUUAAUGCAUCUAAGGACUCUGAAACGGGAAAGUGGUGCUUCACCUUGGAUGAAGAUUCUAUAUUGUUACAGUUGAAAAAUGGAUUGGCACCCAAUACCGAGGUUAUAUAUAUUGGUUCUCUGAAGGUAGAUAUUGAUACAAAUGAGCAGGACGAGGUUUCCCAAAGGCUCCUGAAGGAAUUUAAAUGCGUUCCGACUUUUCUACCCCAAGAACUUCAGAAGAAUUACUAUCAUGGGUACUGUAAGCAAUAUUUGUGGCCGCUUUUCCAUUAUAUGUUACCUAUGUGCCCAGAUCAUGGUGAUCGUUUCGAUCGAUCUCUGUGGCAGACGUAUGUUUCUGCUAAUAAGAUUUUUGCUGAUAAAGUAAUGGAAGUGAUAAACCCGGAGGAUGAUUAUGUAUGGGUACAUGAUUAUCACCUUAUGGUUCUGCCUACAUUUUUAAGGAAACGAUUCUAUCGAGUUAAGCUUGGGUUUUUCUUGCAUAGUCCGUUUCCUUCAUCGGAAAUCUACCGAACCUUGCCAGUAAGGGAUGAAAUCUUGAGAGGUUUGCUGAACUGUGAUUUAGUUGGUUUUCAUACCUUUGAUUAUGCUAGACAUUUUCUGUCAUGCUGUAGUAGGAUGCUCGGGUUGGACUACGCAUCAAAGAGGGGCCAUAUCGGUUUGGAUUAUUUUGGUCGCACGGUUUACAUCAAAAUUUUGCCCAUCGGCAUUCACUUGGGUCAUAUAACUUCCGUUCUAGAUCUUCCUUGCACAUCAGUUAAAGCUAAAGAAGUUCAAGAACAAUAUAAAGGUAAAAAAGUGAUAGUUGGGAUCGAUGAUAUGGAUAUUUUCAAAGGUAUCAGUCUGAAAAUGUUGGCCGUCGAGCAUCUAUUGCGUCAAAACCCAGAGUUCUUGGGCAAGUUGGUCCUGAUUCAAAUCAUUAACCCAGCUCGAAGUUCAGGCAAGGAUGUGCAGGAAACACAGAGGGAGACGUAUUUGAUCGCAAAAAGGAUCAAUGAGACCUAUGGUUCGACAGAUUACAAACCUAUAGUUAUUAUUGAUCGCCCUGUUCCUCGUUUUGAGAAGUCGGCAUAUUAUGCUGUCGCUGAAUGCUGCUUAGUGAAUGCUGUUAGGGACGGAAUGAACCUGGUUCCGUACAAGUAUAUCGUCUGCAGGCAGGGAACACCCGCUCUGGAUGAAGCAUUGGGUAUAAAACCCGACACUCCUCACACAAGUAUGCUUGUUGUUUCGGAGUUUAUAGGAUGCUCGCCGUCUCUCAGUGGAGCUAUCAGAGUUAAUCCAUGGGAUAUGGAUGCUGUGGCUGAAGCCUUGAAUUUGGCUCUUACGAUGCCGAUUACAGAGAAGCAGUUACGGCAUGAGAAACACUAUAAAUAUGUUAGUUCUCAUGACGUUGCUUAUUGGGCGAAAAGUUUUGUUCAGGAUCUAGAGAGAGCAUGCCAAAAUCACUACGACAAGCGAUGUUGGGGAUUCGGUUUGGGGCUGAGUUUCAGAAUUGUGUCUCUGUCGCCUAGUUUCAGGAAGCUUAAUGUUGAUUAUAUUGUCUCGGCGUAUCGGAGGACAAGUAGAAGGUUGAUAUUCUUGGAUUACGAUGGCACUCUUGUAUCGCAAAGUGGUAUGAACAAAUGUCCAAGCCCGGAAGUUAUUUCUGUUCUGAAUGCUCUUUGCAAUGAUCCGAAAAACACCGUGUUCAUCGUCAGUGGCAGAGGACGAAAUCAACUUGGUGAAUGGCUCAGCCCAUGUCAGUUGCUUGGAAUAGCUGCCGAGCAUGGUUACUUUCUACGGUGGAAUAAAGCGGCCGAUUGGGAAUGUAAUACUGCAGAACUUGAUUGGAAAGAGAUUGUAGAACCGAUCAUGAGAUCGUAUACCGAGGCAACGGAUGGUUCCAGCAUAGAGCCUAAAGAAAGUGGCUUGGUUUGGCACCAUCAGGAUGCAGACCCUGACUUCGGGUCCUGGCAAGCGAUGGAAUUGAUGGAUCAUCUCGAAAACGUUCUUGCAAAUGAACCCGCUGCUGUUACCAGGGGCCAUAAUAUUGUUGAAGUUAAGCCACAGGGUGUUAGCAAGGGGCUUGUGGUCGAGAAGGUUAUUUCCAUGUUAACCGAUGAUGGAAAACCAGAUUUUCUCAUGUGCAUUGGGGAUGACCGAUCUGAUGAAGAUAUGUUCGAGAGUUUAUUGAAGUCUUCAACUCCGUCUUCAGCUAAACUUUCCGAGAUCCUCUGCUGCACUGUCGGUCAAAAGCCUAGCAAGGCCAAAUACUAUCUAGACGAUACAACUGAUGUCUUACGGCUUCUUUGUGGCAUAGCUGCUGCUUCCUCGAACCAAAAACCUCGGUAUAACUCCCAUGCCCAAGUCUCCUUUGAAAGUACUUUCUAGUAGCUUCUUGUGUGCUUGUAGUUAUAUAGGUCAAGCCCGUUGCGUCAAUGAUAUUUAAGUCUCGACACUUUUGACGACAUCGGGUAUAUGUACAUGGUGAUAGUAGUAUAGUUGUUCGACAAGGGUACUUUGAUUCUGACCGUCUUUCAAGGAAGUGCAUUUGGCUUCUGUUCUCCGCAUCAAAUUGUACAGGAUUCUGUUUGAUGCCAGAGUUCCCUUACUUUCUCUAAUAAAGAGAUUUUGAUGAUGAUGAACUAAAUCCAUACGGGUUGCUAACUAAAACGCUUUAGUGAACAAAGCGGUUUCUUCUUCUUCUUCUUGUUCGAUUAAAAUCCGGAAAAAGAGCGAGUUUCUGCAUAUUACUGCAUUGCCAACUGUUGUUGGAAUGAGCUUUUAUGUUUUUUGGCUUGUAAAUGUAUGUGACACACGGAUAAACCCUACUAGAGGUACAUUCCAUGAAAUGUUAAAAACAAGGGUAUGUUCAUUUUCUAAUAAUAAUACAAGCUAUAUGCUUUUUAAUGUUAAAUUUUUGGCUAAUACGUUCUUUCAGUAAUGUUGAAUCAUUGACUGUCCUUGAAUUUGCUCAUGGGUGUGACAGACAAAUCUUAUCCAACCUUUCUUUAAGAGUUUAAGAGGCUGCCUUUAGGUUUCAAAUUUAUGAUCUUUUAGUCAUAGACCGACAGUGAUUCAAAUAAUACUCCCUCCACACCAAUAUAAUUGUCACAUUUCUUUAUUUGGCAAAAUCAUAUUAAUCGUCACAUUUUUAUUUUUGUCAAUUUUUUUUUACCUAAAUAUCCUUAGUUCACACAAGUAAUUACGAAUAUACCCCCAUAUACCUUACUUACCCAACUACCCUUCGCUACUUAUCCUUUACUAAUUACCCUUCACUACUUACCCAACUACCAUCUUUUUAAUGGACCUCACACCACUCUUAAUAUCCGUGCCCAAGCAAAUGGGAUAUUUAUAUUGGUGUGGAGGGAGUAUAUUUUAAAUAAACCGAUCUAAAGUCAACUAAAACUGGCUUGUGCUAAACUUAGAGCCUUAUUGUUAUAGUAUACCAUAAUCCUUCUUGAGAAACUGGU